AUGAGGAUCACACGGAAAGAAAGUGCUGGCGCACUGCUUGCAAGUCUAGCAUCUACAACAUCUGCCCUUGCAACAUUCUCGCCCGGCCCCUCCUACAGUGUCGGAAUUCCUUCGUCGUCCGAAAUCUCCUCUUCCUCGACCGGGGCAUUAUACUUCCAGCUUAGCGCACCUACAAGUUAUCAAUGGGUUGGAUUGGGAAUUGGAAGCCAGAUGUCUGGCAGCACAAUAUUUGUCAUGUACACGGACGGGACAGGCAAUGUGACAAUCAGCGCACGAGAUGGAGGAGGUGGGCAUGUUGAACCGACGCCGGAUAGUGGCAUUCAAGCUGGCGUGACCCUCUUAGCAGGAAGCGGGGUUGUGAGUGGGAAGAUGAUUGCCAAUGUGAAGUGCACAACAUGCAAGCUCGACUCGUCAUCUUCUUCCACCUCUUCUCCCUGGAUUGCAGCAUGGAAUACUGGAUCUGCCAUCAACAGCGCUUCACUUUCCUAUACCAUUGCACAGCAUAGCACAAGCAAUUAUCGCCAGUUCGACUUUGACCUUACGCAAGCAUCCAUAUCGUCAGACGCGAAUCCUUUCGUUUCAUCUUCCUCUACCACGGGAUCUUCAAGCUCUGGAACAGCAACUGGUUCCUCACCUUCUUCAACAGCCAGCAACGGUUCCAGCUCCGGAGUUAAUAGUGGUGACAAUUCUGGUAGUUCUGGCGCAAAGGUGGUGGGGACAUCAUUCACCAAGAUUGCAAACUAUGACAAGGCACAUGGCAUAAUUAUGGGCGUCACCGUUGUUCUUCUAUUUCCACUCGGUGCUAUCUUCAUGCGCAUGGGAACCAGUGCAUGGAUGCAUGGUGCUUGGCAAUUAGUCAGUCUGGUUGCAUUGCUGGUUGGAUUUGGAUUGGGUAUUAGGUUGAAGGAUCUUAGGAACUAUGUAGGUGCUCCUUCUUCUUACCCCUUUGGCACUGUAGCUUUUGGACCAUUCUUUGGUGGCGACUUUCCUGGUUCAAGCUUUGGGCCAAACAAGACACUCAACAGUGCGCAUACAAUCUUCGGCAUUGUCAUCGUCUCACUAUUUAUCAUUCAACCGCUCUUCGGCAUAAUUCAUCACAUCCAAUUCAAGCGUAACCAAUCUCGUGCCGGAGUUUCGCAUCUUCAUAUCUGGUAUGGCCGUAUCAUUAUGGCUGCUGCUAUUGUCAAUGGAGGACUUGGGUUGAAGUUAGCGGCGAAUACAAAGAAUGGGGAGAUUGCUUAUGGAGUUGUUGCUGGUGUGGUGGGAUUGAUCUAUAUCCUCUUUGCCGUCUUUAAGAGGAAGGGUACCCCAUUGAUGAAAGAGGCUAUGGUGGAGCAUGGGAUGGGAUCUGCUGAUGAGAGAGAAAGCCAGAGGAGACAUCGAAGAAGAGGCGAUGGAAGAAGAGGAUAUUAG